AUGAAGAAAUAUUGUAUUUCAAGUCAAAGAUUGUUAACAUUGUUGUUUUUAUUUUUUGCAUUUUUGGUGUGCUUGAGAGGUGAUGAAAAUGUGGAUGGAAGUAGCAAUGCUCAAGCUCCAACAAAUGCCAACAACUCCUACAAUGUUACUCAUGAUGAUGGUAUCGAUAAAAAGGGCACGAAUAAUGGUGGUGGUGGAGGAGGAGGUAGCGGUGGGGGUGGGCGCGGGUGGGGAGGGGGUGGUGGAGGUGGAGGUGGACGCGAUGGUAAUGGAGGAGGAGGAGGUGGCGGUGGCGGGGGUGGGAGUAGUGGGAGUGGGGGUAUGGGGGGUAGUGGUGGAUGGGGUUGGGGAGGAGGUGGAGGGGGGUGGUGGGCAUGGGGAUGUAGGAAAGAAAAAGAACAUAAUGAUCAUCAUAGACAUUGGCAUAUGAACAAUAGUAAAGAUUACAAGAUAGGUGAAUUUGCACAAUGCAUGGUUAAAGGAAGAUGCAAAGGAAUGCGUUUGGAUUGUCCUCUUCAUUGUGGAGGACCUUGUUAUUACGAUUGUAUACACAUGUGCAAAGCUCAUUGUCGUCGCCGGUAAAUUCCCUCUCCAUCCUUCGUGAGUACAAUUGAAUGAAUCUGUCAAGUUAAAAGUAUGUAGCAAUAAGAAUGAUGAAUCUGUCAAGUUAAAAGUAUGUAGCAAUAAGGAUGUUGCAUCACCUAUCGCUCUUGCUUAAUUAACAGCCAGAACGAACAAACCUGUUACUGAGCAAAUCUAUGGAGCUUUCUAUUCUAAGGUCUUUUUUUGUUUUUGCUGCUAAGGUGUGGUAUUAAAUUUGUUGUGGUCCUCUAGUUACUUCUCAUAUUUAUUGUGAUUGGGUUGUAAGUUAGUAGUAGCAAGUAUUGUGUUUUGCAAUAUGGUUUAGCUCUCCAAAUUUGAGUGCUAAAAGUUUUCUUUUAGUUUUGGUUGAUUUGUUUUAGCCGCACUUGUAUGUUGGCAAAUGUGUGUGCUUUAUAGGGACACAUUGUUUUGUGUUUGCAUAAAGGUUGAAGUGACUUCUCCCUUUUCAAGCAAAUGAAUAUUAUCAUAUUUGUUCUAUCAA